AUGAAACCCACCCGGCCCAAAGGUGGCGGUGAGAGCGCCACCGGAACCCUUGCGACAGGCCAAUCCCCGAGCUCCGAAUACCGCCAGAUCAAAGCGCAAUGGGCCAAUGCGCAGCUCCUUGCAGAGGAAGAGGCGCGCAACGCGGCGCGGGCGCGGCAGCACUUCCGCCGCCGGACAAGGCCGGGGGCAGCGAGUGAAGAGGAAUUGAUGAAGGCUGUGAAGGAUAGGGAUGCGCAGAGGAAUAAAGCGAAGGAGAAGGAGUUCACGAUCAUGCAUAGCGGUGUUUUGGGGCUGUUGGCAUGGGUACUGUUUAUACAUUUAAUUGGGAUAUUCUUUUUUACGAAGGGUUUCCUGCUUACCCGGUUAGUACUGAACACCAAGUCUGAGUGUGCGGUGCUCCCGUUUGAUACGCCAGAUGCCAAUGUGCGUUCUACGUCGUCCGACGAGGGAUGCUGGCACCCGAAGUCGUUUGAUAAAGCCGUUAUUGUCAUCAUCGAUGCCCUUCGAUACGACUUUACCGUUCCUUUCCGGCCUACCGUCGAGGGACAAGAACCCCAUUUGUUCCACCAUAACAUUCCGGUGCUGUAUGAGACCUCUGUCGAGAAGCCAAACAAUGCAUUCCUGCUCCCAUUCAUUGCGGACCCGCCCACUACGACCCUGCAGCGCCUCAAGGGCCUUACGACCGGGACACUACCCACGUUCAUAGACGCGGGGUCUAACUUCGCUGGAACUGCUAUUGAUGAGGACAAUUUGGUGGCUCAAUUACGGAGCGUUGGUAAACGGGUUGUUCACUUGGGAGAUGACACAUGGCAUGCGUUGUUCCCCGGCUAUUUCGAGGAAGAUCUUACGCAUGCGUAUGAUUCGUUCAAUGUCUGGGACCUGUUUACCGUCGACAAUGGAGUGACGGAACACAUCUUCCCACUCUUACACACUGAGAAUGCGACCAAGUGGGAUGUGGUUUUUGGGCACUAUUUGGGCGUUGACCAUGCUGGACAUCGAUACGGACCCGACCACGCGGCUAUGGCUGCAAAACUGAAGGAGAUGGACGGAGUAAUACGACAACUCAUGGAGAGUAUCGACGAUAACACUUUGCUCGUCGUAAUGGGUGACCACGGAAUGGAUUCUAAAGGAGACCAUGGCGGCGAAUCGGACGAUGAAGUCGAAGCAACUCUCUGGAUGUAUUCUAAGAAAAAGCUCUUCGGCCGCAUGGGUAGCGACUCCAUGGAACCCCCCAGAACAGCAAAGGAACGCCCUGUUCCCCAAAUCGACAUCGUUCCGACACUAUCUUUGCUACUUGGGCUUCCGAUCCCGUUUAACAACCUUGGAUCGCCUAUUGAAGAAGCCUUCGCUGGCCCUGACGGCAAGGACUUGAGAAAUCUGGUCGCUGUUAACAGACUUGCUUCUGCUCAGAUCGAGCGGUACCAACGCGAAUAUGCAAAUGCUCGAGGAAUGGAUCAGAGCCAUACUUCGGGCCCGUUGUCGUUAUGGUCCCAGGCUGAGGAUGGAUGGAGAUCGAUUGAAAGAACUAGAAACAAAGACCCAGCUGCCCUCCGCAAGAUCUAUGAUUCUUAUCGUGAGUACCAGAGAGACACGUUAAACGUCUGUCGGGCUCUCUGGGCUAGGUUUGAUGUCCCGAGUAUGAUUCUGGGGAUUGGAAUCCUGGUCGCUGGUAUUGCGGUCCUGGCAUUUUAUGCUCGGGCUAUUCGGGGCGAUCGAACAGAUAUUACUUUCCCAACGCUGAAAAACAUUGCCGCUGCGACUGCAGUUGGUGCUGCAGGGGGGAUAGGAUCAAGUACAAUGGCUCUUUUGCAGAUGCCACUAAUUGAAGGUGGAGCAUUAGGGGCCGCAGUUGGGGGGAUUCUUGCAUCUCUGUCAACUGUGCUUUGGAUUCCAAACAGAAUUUCGUCACCGUUGCCGCACUCCUUAUGGAGUUGGUUGGCCGUUCUUUUCACCGUUGCUCAGUCUGUGGGAUUCGCUUCCAACUCCUACACCAUCUGGGAAGACCAGAUCCUAUUCUUCUUUCUCACCACGUUUGGUGUUUUGGCCGCAAUUUCUUCUUUGAGACAAAAGGCAAAAGAGGACAGAAUACUUGGCUUAUAUCAUUCUAUCAUAUUCGUUGCUCUGGGAAAAGUAGCAUCCCUCUCGCGGCUUUGCCGAGAAGAGCAGAUGCCCUUCUGCAAGUCGACGUAUUACGUCUCCGCCACAUCCUCAACAUCGGCACCAUGGCAGCUCUUAAUCCCAUUUGCCCUAUCGCUCGUCCUUCCUUCGGUCAUUCGAUCCUACUAUCAAGGAACGAAAUCCUACGAAGGCUCUGCCAUCUUUUGGAUAGGAUUCGCUUUCCGAAUAGGAUUACUCCUGGUAGCUACGUACUGGAUGCUAGAUGCGGCUGAUGAUGGCAACUGGCUUGUUAUUAAGUCCAGUACGAUUAAGUCAAUCAAGGUCAUCCUGGCUCAAAUCAUCCUUGCUAUUGCAUUUGCCGCUGGGACCACAACAUUUGCCUGGGCGAAACCGUGCGUUAGUAUUGCUAUGACACCGAGUAUCCAGUCUAACGCCAAAGCAUCUGUGACAAUUCUUGGAUACGCUAAUAUUUAUGGAACCCGCUUCUUUAUCCUUGUUGUGAACUUCGCCCUCGCCAUCAUUCUCUUACAGAAGCCAAUGGGUGGAGGCACAAUUGCGCUUCAGCUCUGGCAGAUUCUCUCUCUGCUCGAAAUUCUCGACACCAACGGUCUUACGACGAGCAAUUCGGCCAUCGGACCCGUUAUGCUAGCCAUCCUCGGUUCUUUCCAUUUCUUCACAACCGGCCACCAGGCCACGCUCAGCAGCAUCCAGUGGGAAAGCGCAUUUAUCCCGCUCAACUCUGUCCGAUAUCCCUGGUCCCCCAUCAUCAUCGUCUUUAAUACCUUUGGCGCUCAGAUUCUUUCCGCGGUCGCUACCCCGCUGACGGCUUUGUGGAAGCGGCCCAUCGAUUCACGUGGCCCGCAGGUGGUCGAUGGGGUGACGAAAAGGCCCGAGAACUCCACCAGGCGCCUUCUGGCGGACGUUGCCCAAGCAGCCACUACGCAUAUUUUAUACUAUGCGACCAUCAAUCUAGCCACGACGAUGUGGGCCGGAUGGCUAAGACGGCAUCUCAUGCUCUAUAGAAUCUUCUGUCCGAGAUUUAUGAUGGGAGCCGCGUUGCUUAUUGUCGUGGAUAUUGUCGUGCUGUGUUUCGCUGUUGGCGGAGUGAAGUGGAGCACGAUUAGUGUCAGCGAUGUAUUUGGCUGGGGAUAAAGUCCGCCCAGAUGGAGGACAGAUUUGACUCCGGGGGGGCGAUUGGGAUAGAAGAAGCAAUCUGCUAAUACUAUAUACUCCUUACAAGGAUAUUUAUUUUGGGAAGGAUGCUUUGAAGGAUUCUUGGAUUGGCCCUGACUGGUCUUCCUUAUAUUGCUGCAAAUUAGAUGUGUGUACUCCGUAUAUAUGGUUGCUUCACCCAGGUGUAUAACUAAAAUUUAUUUUCUUCAUCACUUUCA